AUGAGCGUGAAUCCGAUAGGGGUGAUAGUGCCUGGGAACGCCUGCGCGUUCCCGCAGCAGCUGCAGGGAGACGCAAAGUGGCUGCUGGACUUAAAGCCUGCAGCAGCAGAUGUCGUUUGCUUCUUGACGCAGCAAAACCAGCUGCCCCCAGACACAGGCAUUGGCAUUUACUUCGCGCUGCCCCCCUUCGCAGACUGGGAGGUCAGCAGCAGCAGCAGCAGCAGCAGCAGCAGCAGCAGCAGCGGUAGCAGCAGCAGCAGCGGUAGCAGUAGCAGCAGCAGCAGCGGUAGCAGUAGCAGCAGCAGCAAUCUGCUGCUGCACUUUUGCCUUUCUGCGCUGCAGUUCUUGGGAGUGUUGACGAACAACAGGCCGAGCACUCUGCUGAAUCUGCUGCCCGAGGCUCAGCAGGUGGACGGGGUGCGGCUUGGCUUUUUGCUGGAAUCUGCGGAAAGCUUGACAGUGAAACUCGAAACGAAACCGAUCGUUGACGCAAAAAAAGAAUAUGCGCGAAAAGUGGCAUUGAAUUUGUACCGCUACUUAGAAUCGUUUCAAGGAGGCGGAAAUCAGGCACUGCUGGACCGCUGGUUCGAACGAUUCGAAGCCAAGUACCGCAUGGACCCGAACUUUGUGAUGAAGAGCGAGUGA